AUGGCGCUCUUCCUCAAGAACGUGGCGUUUCAUGGGAUACUACUAGAUGCAAUUUUUGAGGAGGGAAACCAAGAGUGGGAGGUAGUAUCAGAGUUGUUGAAGAAGGGUAUAAAAGACGGUGUGGUAAAACCCCUGAGGACUACAGUCUUCAACAAAGAAGAGGUAGAAGCUGCCUUCAGGUUCAUGGCACAGGGAAAACACAUUGGCAAAGUUAUGAUCAAGGUCAAAGAAGAAGAGAAGGAAUAUCCUUUAAGAAAGUCUGAACCAGUCAAAUUUUCUGCCAUUUCUCGAACUUCCUGUCCGUCUACCAAGUCUUACAUAAUCACAGGGGGGCUAGGAGGAUUUGGGCUUGAAUUGGCACAGUGGCUAAUUGAGAGAGGAGCACAGAAGCUUAUACUGACAUCUCGUUCUGGCAUACGAACUGGUAAGUAA